UUUCCAAAGCCACCAUUCUGCAGUACAACAAUAAGCCCAGCAAUCAAUCACUCGCAUAUGCAUAGUAAAGAUGGCAUGGGGGCGGAGUUGUAAAACCAUGCGGGGUGUGGGCACGGUGCGGCUGAGCAGGUUGCCUGAUGCGUGAGCACGGCUGAAGUGGUAUAUCAUCAGCCUUCCUUACCACACUCUGUCUGGUCUUCUCCCUUUCUUCUUUUCCCUCGUCGUCUGUUCUUCUCCGGUCCAAGGCCUUUUCUUGUGGAAAGAUGGCGCCGCAGCAGCAGAACAAUCCACCACUAUGUCCGACGAACGAGAAUGGUGUCUCGCUAUGUGCAGCAACAAGUUUGAUAGAAAGCAUACUUCCGACUACAGCCUUGCCCACAGGAAUAGAGUCAUUCGGAUCCAUCCCAGACUCGACUCUGCCAGCCGGGACAUUCACUCCUGCGCCAUCGAGUACCGGAGAUGCUCAGAAUGAGUCAACAAGCAGUGAUGAUAGUGGAGAAGCCAACUCACAACUUACGAGUACAAGGAAUACGUCACAAAAUGGGACAUAUGUCAUGACAUCAAGCACACCGGCAGCAGCUUCAGCAACCGUGACUGCGACACCGGCAUUGGCACAACCCUCGAGCAAGAGCAGUGGAAACCACGGUGUGAGCAGCGGCGCAGUAGCAGGAAUCGCCAUCGCGACAGCAAUAAUCGGUGGCGCACUCGCCUUUCUAGCUGCCUUUCUUCUCUUCAAGAAACGAAACAGAAAGCAAAAUGCAAGCGGUGGACCAGUGAAAUACGAGACGUACGCGGACUCAACACCAGAGCUAAUCAUGGCCCCCAAAGGUGUGGGCGUUGGCAGGAGAGAUAGCUCCUACGUUCAAGUCUCGCAAACAGCUGUGCCUGUAGCCACCCUUGCUCGGAAACCCGUGCAGCAGUCGACUCCGUCAGAUCCGCUGGCUGGUAUUCUUCCCCCACCGGCGGACGAACACAACAUCCAGAGCAAAGUUGCUGCGCUGUUUGGUGACAUCCACGCACAUAUUGAUGCGUACUACCGCGACGUACACGCGAGUAUCACAUCGAGUUUGGAACCUGAGCUCGCGCAAUUCGGCGCGAAGGACGUAAACAUGGCGGAACUGCUGCAGGAUUGUUCGAGGCCGACUGUCGCGCUCAAACACGCGCUUGUAGCGUACGUCCUGGGCAUGACUGGGCCGGAGAACGAGGGAGAUAUGGAGACACUGUUCCCCAGGGAACUCAGUAGCACAAGCGUCGAUGACGAGGUGUCUGAUCCAAACCAUACCGCAGCUUCCACCCUUCACCGUCGUCUGACCGUCUACCUCUACAGCGCCUCUUCCUCCCACCCCUCCCGGUCACGCAAGUCCUGGGCCCUCUCGUCAAACACCCGUGAAGCAGCCGAGCACUUCUCAUUGACCUUCUUUCCCUGGGCAAAUCCUACGGCCAGCGACCAGGACAAAGACGAAGGCCUCACGCACAUCAUCUCCUCUACCCUAGAGCUUCGGAUCUGGCUGUUCGGACAACCCGGCGUGUACGAUCUAGUCUGGGAGGGCGCAGGCAGGAGGGGAGUAGUAGUCAGUCCUGCGCUGGUGAGGCGAGUGGACGGAAGGAUUAUCUUGGAAGCGGGCGUUAUCAGCGUGUGAAGCCCACCCAUCCACCCACCCAUCUAUCUAUGUAUGUAGUUAGUGAUGACGCAGCCUCGUCCUGUUAGUAUUUAAAUACCCAAUUCCAAUUCUAAUUCCAAAUCCAUAAC